UGAUGUUAAAGAUUUCAGCUGCAGUGUUAGUUUAAUUGUGUAUAGCUACAUUUUAUGUUGUUUUUUUCCUGUACUUCGAUUUUUCCAUAGAAUUAUGCAGUUAAAAAACAAAAGAUGAAAACCUACAAAAUUUUCUGAAAGAUCGAAGCAUGUUCUAGUACUCCACAUGUAUUAUUUGUGAAAAGAAUAUCAUUCAUAAAACUGAAAAAAAUUAGUGGCAAGGGAACUCGUAUCACUCUUUCACGAGCUGAGACCUCUGACGGUCAGUUAAAGGCUGCGGCCGAAUUUAAAAAUGACGAGCGAGUUGUGACAGUGCUGAGAGAAAAAGAUUGUGUUGCGCUCGAAGUGCAUUAUCAUAAACCCUGCCAUAAGCUUUAUGUUAAAAAUCCACAAAAGAAUUUGACACAGUGCGAGUCUUGCUAUGAGAUGUUUUAUGAAACAUAUGUCAAAAUGAAAUAGAUAGAAGAAAAAAAAUUGUCAAUAUGACUACUCUGGUUAGAAACUUUAGAUAUAUUCCUGCUAAACAGGGUAGCAAUACUUUCAAUUAUAAAGCUUCUAGACUGCGGUUAAGGUUACAAAAAGACUUCCCCGAACUCGUCUUCCAUCGCCCAAAAUUUCGCAGAAAGAGCUAUAUUGUCUAUCUCAAAGAAUAUGAGGCGGGGGACGUGUUGGCAUCUGAAAAUCUAACAGGAAGUGAAGGUACAACAUCAGAGAGUUCUUCCAGCGACGAAAGCGAGUGGGGUGAUAACGACGCAAGGGGAUCCGAGGAACUAUCUCUACCAUGCAGCAUUUUAGUUGCGCAAUGUCAUCAAGGCAUCAGAAUCGUUCAUCGUAAACUGGCCGCCCACUUCCGCUGAUUUUGAUAAAAGAGAUGUUCGAGAAUUUGUUCCUCCAGUACCUGGCUACUCAACAUGAGUGACGAACCUAAUUUUGAGACACGCCUUAACAUCAAGGGCGUGAAACACGAUCGAAUCAUUUUGUCACUAGCACAAGAUCUGAUUUAUAACGCGACAAAUGGAAGAACAGUUACGCCUAAAUCAAUGGCCUUAUCGAUGGCUGUAAGACAACUAACUGGGAGCUACAAGUUGAUUAAUAUUUAAACGGCUUUGGCUAUUGCACCUCCCACUUCUCUUUGCUACGGCAUGAUACUGCAUUGGCAGAACAAGCAAGCUUGCGCUCGCCUGAUUUACCUCUUACAGUUAACUCCCGGUAAUUCGAACCUCCAAGGGAACAGAGAAAACAGUUCGACUUAACGAAUGUUCGACUUUAAGCUAAGCUCCCGUUAAUU